AUGGCCUCGAGCACCACCAACCCCAAGUACCAGCCUGCUCCGCAGCACGACCCCGAUGACUUCACCCGCGCGCCACCCGCAUACGGCGAGUCGUCGUCGCGACCAGACGAGGAGCAGCGUCUCUUUGGCCCCCCCCGCAGCAGCGAAGACAAUCUCCCCGACGACUUCAAGUUUGGAGGAUCCGUCGCCGAAGCCACCGUCGAUAUCCGCAACCAGUUCGUCCGCAAGGUCUACACCAUUCUCACCCUGCAGCUUCUCGCCACCGCCGGCGUCAGCUCCCUCACCUUCUUCAGCAGCGCGUACAAAACCUGGAUUCAGUCUCACCCCGGCCUCGUAUGGGUCUCUCUUAUCGGAGCCAUGGUCUUCAUGGGCCUGACCUACUGGAAGCGCAAGUCCUACCCGACCAACCUCGUCUUCCUGUCGCUCUUCACCUUUGCCGAGGCCUACUCCAUCUCCGUCGUCGUCUCCUUCUACCAGACAGCUGUUGUCCUCAACGCAGUCGUCCUCACGGCCGGCAUCUUCGUCUUCUUGACCCUUUUCGCCUGCCAGACAAAGUACGACUUUACGUCGUGGAUGCCCUACCUCUUUGGCGCUCUGUGGGCCCUCGUCCUUUUCGGCUUCAUGGCCAUGUUCUUCCCGUACAACUCCACCGCCGAGCUCGUCUACGGCGCCGUUGCCGCCCUCGUCUUCAGCGCCUACAUCCUGGUGGACACGCAGCUCGUCAUGCGCCACCACCACGUGGAGGAGGAGAUCGCCGCCGCCAUCAGCCUGUACCUCGACAUCAUCAACCUCUUUCUGGCCAUCUUGCGGAUCCUCAACAGCCAGUCUAACAACUGA